GCUGGCACCAUCCACCAGAGAAGACGUCUUCCGCUGCCGGCGGGCCGGCCGCUUUUCAGUUGGCCGCUUCUCCUAUUGUGCCUUCCUGCUGUUGUUGUGAAAGGCUGCGGCGCUUGGUGGCGGUGUCCCCCCGCAAGGCUUGCCCUUGCUUUACGCAGCGAGAUGAUGACCGACUGCCGUAAAGACUCGGAGCUCGAAGAAGAGGCAUCCCGCCGUGGGCUUUCGGCUCGGGGAGCCCUCAUAGCCGGCGGUGCGAAUGGGUUGCUGGAGAAGGGGUUCGACAUGUACAUCAGGGACCCCUUUGACGCGGAGCGGAACCCGCAGGGCAUUUUGAAUUUUGGAACAAGUGAGAACAAGCUUUGCUAUGAUUUAAUACAGGGAAGGCUCACAAAACCUGACAUGAAUUAUCUAGAGCCUCAUUUACUGCAGUACUCUGAUACACAGGGGAUUAAAAGCUUCAGAGAAGAAAUUGCAAAGUUUCUUACUGAGUAUGCCAAAGCUCCAUCAGCACUGGAUCCAGAACAUAUUACUGUGAUGAAUGGCUGCUGUGCUGUCUUUGCUACUCUUUCAACUGUAUUGUGUGAUCCUGGAGAUGGGUAUCUAAUUCCUGCUCCAUAUUAUGGUGGCAUAAAUUCCAAAACUUGGCUGUAUGGUGGAAUGCAGCCUGUUCAUGUACCUUUGUUCAGUGAGGUGACUAACGAAGACAGUCAUCCAUUUCAGUUAACAAUUGAAAAAUUAGAAAUUGCAUAUAAGCGAGCCAUGGAGCAGGGCAUCCGAGUCAGAGCAUUAAUCCUGAUCAACCCUCACAAUCCAUUAGGGGACAUUUACCCAGCACAGUUACUGAAAGAAUGUCUAGAGUUUGCGCACAGAUAUAAAUUACACAUAAUAAUGGAUGAGAUUUACAUGCUGUCUGUAUACGGUGAUACCACUUUCACAAGCAUCCUUAGCUUAGAUAGUUUACCAGAUCCUGACCGGACACAUUUUAUGUGGGGGUUUAGCAAGGAUUUUGGCAUGUGUGGUGUUAGAGUUGGUGUAUUAUAUACCAGAAAUGAUAAAGUCAGGAAAGCUGUUAAUAAGCUGGCAGUUUUUCAUGGAUGUCCUGGACCAGUACAACAUGUUCUCAGCCAGUUUCUUAGUGACCGAGAGUGGCUGGAUAAUGUGUUUUUCCCAACCAACAGAAGAAGACUUAAGGAAGCUCAGAAUAUUCUUGUGGAUGGCCUUGCAGAAAUAGGAAUACCUGUAUUUAAAAGCUCAGGAGGAUUAUACAUCUGGGCUGACUUCAGAAAAUUCUUAAAGUCACAGACAUUUGAAGCGGAAAUGGAUUUAUGGUGGAAGCUUCUUCAAGAAAAGCUGCUUAUUAGUCCUGGGAAAGCCUUUUGCUGUUAUGAACCUGGAUGGUUUAGAUUUGUCUUCUCUGAUUCAGUAGAAAAGAUUUACCUGUGCAUUCAGAGACUUCAGCAAAUGCUACAUGACAAGAUAGAUGAAUCCAUUCCCAUCUGUUCAUCGCCUCCUGUUAAAAAUGAGUAUUGUGAAUUAGACAAUGAACCUUCUAACUACAUGAGUACUUCAAUGGAUGAUGUUUCAGAAGGAUGUUCGCAUCUGAAAAAAAUAGCUGUUUUUUAAAGAACUUGAAUACAGAUGUUUUGUGUUAUUGCAUAACUUCUUGUUGUUCAUGUGAUUGUAACUUCACAGGCAUACCUUUCCUUCAUUGUUAACAUAGUUACCAACUUGACUAGUGGAAUACUUGAAGUUUUUUAUGUUCUUUGGAAACCUGCAUGCAUUCUUCCUUGAUUUUUUUUUUUUGAGCACUGAAGCCUAACUUGGACAUGAGAGCAGCAAAAUCGCAUUCUGAAUUCAUGAAUUGUAAAGUGCAUUGGGGUGGGAUGAAUUAAGAAGUUCAGUGUGUAUUUCCUGAUAUUGCAUUUUACAGAUCCUUUACCAUACUUACUGGAAAAUGGAAUCAGGAUACCCUUCGUCCAUUUUCCUUUUCACUGGUUUUAUAGGAAUUUGAUCAUGCCACUAUCAUACCUAGUUUGGCCUCAAAGCAUGGCUUUAGCUUCGGGCUAGUUUACAUGUCUUGAUAUUUAAACUUAUUGAUAGGAAAGAUACAUUAGUGAUUUGAACACAGACAGCUUGCUUAAGUGUAUCUUUGCCCACCAAGAGCAAAGCAACUUAUAUGUAUCUUAAAUUAGAAAAUAUUGAACCAACUAAUAACUGGCCAUUGAAUUUCUUCUGAAUUGGUGGCUAGCAAAAUGUUUGGUUAUUCAGUCCUUUAAAACACUGUUAAGAUUUCUUAAUAUGUGCACAACUGUAAAUGCUUUCUAAGAAAGUGUUCAAAUUUCUGGUUUCAUUCUUGGCUCUUUAAAACAGGUUGUUUCUAUAGUGUAUUUUAAUAAUGCCUGCAAAAGUAUGCUUGCGAAAUUAUGUUAAGAUGUAAAACUGAGCACUAAAUACUUUUUAUAUGCA